AUGAGGACAGCCGUCCGUAACCAGCAGCCUCUGGCUCGCAACGCCAUUCCCGUCGCCGCAGCCGCCAACUUCGCCACCGUCCCCGCUCCCAAGGAGACCAAGAAGCGUGCUUCGUCCACCACCAAGACCGCCAAGGCUGGUGCAUCCAAGGCGGGCGCUGCUGCCGCCGCCGUCGUCGAUGCCGCCGCUACCACCAAGAAGACUGGCGCCAAGCCCAAGGCUCCCAAGAAGGAGAAACUCAAGCCGUGGCAGGCACGCGGCGCCGAUGGCAAGCUCCUUCCGCUUCCCUCGGCCAGCAAGCCCACUUUGCGAUCGUCGUUCCUGAUCUACAUGUCGGAGCGUGUCUCGCAGCUGAAGGGUGAGCCGCAGUACCAGAAGACUUCUCCCAAGACGGGUGCCCAGGUCGUCGACAUUGUCAAGAUGGCCAAGGCUGUCGGUGCCGAGUGGGCCCAGCUUCCUGCACACCUCAAGUCCCGCUACGAGGCGCAGCACGAGCAGGAGAAGGAGCAGUACGAGCGUGCGCUCGCCGAGUGGAAGGCCGCACUAUCGCCCGAGGACAUCAAGCGUCAGAACGCCUACAUUGCCUCGCAGAAGAAGAAGGGCAUCAAAGGUACCGCGUUCCUGCGUGACCCUGCCAAGCCGAAGCGUCCGAACUCAGCCUUCUUUGAGUUCCUCAACGACCUGCGCGCCAGCGAGGCUGUGAUCCCCAACAUCACCGAGUUCUCCAAGCGCGGUGGUGAGCGAUGGAAGCAGAUGUCGGCGGAGCAGAAGGCACCCUACGAGCAGCGCGCGCUGCAGGCGCUCGAGCAGUACAAGCGUGACCUCGAGCUCUACAACAGCACGCGCGGUCCCGAGCUCUAG